AUGAAACGUUUCUUUCCUUCACUUAUUUUGAAAUACAUUGUCGGGUUAUUGCUGAAGCGAGAUAUGUUGAGGAAAGGAGGAAACUCUUUGAAAGAUCACUCUGUUGUCGGGAAUACAGUUGCGCAGGAUGUCAAGGUUCCCUUUAGUUAUCUCGACAUCUUCGAAGAUUUAGAUUUCAUAGUGGAGCUUGAAAAGUUUCUUGAAGAGAAGAAACAGGGAACCCAUAAAAUGGAACUUGCAUUGGAGAGUUCUUCCUUUGUCGCCCAAGAUUUUAGGUCGGAGCUUGAGAAGAAGAGGGACGACAAAUCUAAUGAGAGUGAAUAA